AGCAUUACCAAGGCAGGGCCACAGCCUCAUCUAGGAAAACACCCUUGACUGGUCUUCAUCUCAGCCCUCUGAGUGUCAGGGCCUAUACCAGUUCUUUCUCUCCUCUUCAUCCUUCUUAAUCUAUUUCAGACCAAGACCCCAUGGGCCCAGGAGGUCUUCAGGGGUAGGGAACUCGGAGAGAGGACCUGGGAAACCCGGACAUUACUCACAAGGACCAUGGCAAAUAAGAACAUGAAGCAACAGGUCAUGAAUGGGAUUCGGGACAAGGUGCUGACUUUGGACACCAUGAACCAAUCUGUGAAAAACAUCGAGUAUGCUGUCCGAGGGCCCAUCUUGCUUCGGGCUAUGGAGCUGGAGAGAGAGCUUCAGCAGGGUGUGAAGAAGCCCUUCACAGAGAUUAUCCGGGCCAACAUAGGAGAUGCCCAAGCUAUGGGUCAGAAGCCAAUCACUUUUAUGCGCCAGGUCUUGGCCCUCUGCCAGUACCCAGAUCUCCUGAGCAGCCCAUCCUUCCCAGAAGAUGCCAAGAAACGGGCAAUGAGAAUCUUGCAGGCCUGUGGGGGCCACAGCUCAGGGUCUUACAGCGCCAGUGCUGGUAUCCAGACGAUUCGAGAAAAUGUGGCAAGGUACAUUGAGCAUCGGGACAGGGGCAUUGCUUCUGACCCUGAGAACAUCUUCCUGUCCACAGGGGCCAGCAGUGCCAUCAUGGCAGUGCUGAAUCUGUUGGUGUCAGGUAAAGGAAAGAAUCGGACAGGGGUCAUGAUUCCUAUUCCCCAGUACCCAUUAUAUUCAGCCACCCUGGCUGAAUUUGAUGCUGUCCAGAUCAACUACUGCUUGAAUGAGGAGCAUCAGUGGGGACUAGAUGUGGCUGAGUUGCAGCGGGCCUUAGGUCAGGCCAAAGCUCACUGCCAACCUCGGGUCCUGUGUGUCAUCAAUCCUGGCAACCCCACAGGGCAGGUCCUGAGCCGUGAGAACAUCGAAGCUGUCAUUCGAUUUGCCUAUGAGGAGCAUCUCUUCCUGAUGGCUGAUGAGGUUUACCAGGACAAUAUAUAUGCUGAGGCGUCCCAGUUUCACUCAUUCAAGAAGGUGCUGAUGGAGAUGGGCCCACCCUAUGCCCAGCAGCUAGAGCUUGCUUCCUUCCAUUCCUGCUCUAAGGGCUACAUGGGCGAAUGUGGGUUCCGGGGGGGCUACACAGAAGUAGUGAAUAUGGAUCCUGCAGUAAAGCAGCAGAUGUUAAAGUUCCAGUCAGUUCGGCUGUGUCCACCAGUACCAGGGCAAAUUCUCAUCGACAUAGUGACGAAUCCCCCCCAACCCGGGGAGCCCUCUUAUCAGCAAUUCCAACAGGAGAAGAAGGCUGUACUGGCAGGGCUGGCAGAGAAGGCCCAACUCACGGAGAAGAUUUUAAACAAGCAACCUGGCAUCCAGUGUAACCCAGUGCAAGGGGCUAUGUACUCUUUCCCUCGCAUCCAGUUACCCCCCAAAGCACUGCAGCGUGCAAAGGAGCUGGGCCAGCCUGCUGAUAUGUUCUUCUGCAAACAACUCCUGGAGGAGACUGGUAUCUGCGUGGUGCCUGGCAGUGGCUUUGGCCAGAAGGAAGGCACCUACCACUUCAGGAUGACCAUUCUUCCCCCUUUGGAGAAGCUGAAGAUCCUUCUAGAGAAACUGAGCCAAUUUUAUGCCAAGUUUACUCAGGAAUAUUCCUAAUGGACAGAGACUGCAGGGGAAAGAGGGGAGGAGACCUACUUCUACCUGUCCGUUAUCCAGCUCUUCUCUGCAAAUAGCUCUUGGGACCCUGCC